AUGGCUGAGUCCAGCAACAGCAAGACUUCGUGGGCAGACGACGUUGAACAGGAAGAAGAAGCCGCCGCCAACAUGUCGAAACAACAACAGCAAACUCCCCAACCCAUUGCUGAGGAUCAAUCUCAGCAGAAGCAUGAUAAUCUCGUUGAGAACGAGCACGAUGUCAACGUCACGCUCGCCGAUUUACAGGCUGACCCGAACAGUCCCCUCUACUCUAUCAAAGAGUUCACCGAUCUCGGAUUGAAGGAGGAACUGUUGAAGGGUCUGGCCCUCAUGCGAUUCAGUCGUCCGUCCAAGAUCCAGGAGCGCGCUUUGCCCCUCAUUUUGAAUAAUGACACAAACCUCAUCGGUCAAUCCCAAUCCGGUACCGGAAAGACGGCUGCUUUUGUUCUUUCCAUGUUGACCAAAAUCGACAUCACUAAGAACGUUCCGCAAGCACUUUGUCUUGCUCCGUCCCGCGAGCUCGCCCGACAGAUCUUGGCCGUUGUCGAUAACAUGGGAAGUUUCCUCGGAGUCAAAACCCAAUUCGCCGUCCCUCUUGCUGUCGAACGUGGGAAGAUUAUCGAGGCGCAAAUUGUUGUCGGGACUCCUGGAACCGUUCUCGAUUGUAUUAAGCGUAGAGUUCUACCGGUUAAAGAUUUGAAGAUGCUUUGUCUUGACGAAGCCGAUAAUAUGUUGGACCAGCAAGGUCUCGGUGACCAAUGUUUCCGCGUCAAAUCAUUCCUGCCAAAGACUAAUGUCCAAGUCUUACUCUUCUCCGCCACAUUCCCUCAAAAGGUCCUGGAAUAUGCUGAGAAGUUUGCCCCAGGUGCCAACAAGCUUACCUUGAAGCAAGAAGAGCUUACAGUUGAGGGGAUCAAACAAUUCUACAUGGACUGCGCCAACGACGAUGAGAAGUACGAUGCUAUUCUGAAACUCUAUGAACUGAUGACUAUUGGUCAAUCCGUCAUUUUCGUCAGAAAACGCGAGAAUGCUAAUGAGCUUCAUCGCCGAAUGACUGAGGAUGGACAUGCCGUUUCAUCAUUGCACGGUGCUUUCGAUGGCAAUCAACGUGACAAAAUUAUCGACGACUUCCGUUUUGGACGUUCCAAGGUUCUCAUUACCACUAAUGUUAUUGCUCGUGGUAUCGAUAUUGCCUCCGUCUCCCUUGUCGUCAAUUAUGACCUUCCAACCCUCCCCGAUGGCCGUACUCCAGAUUUCGAAACAUAUCUUCACAGAAUCGGUCGUACAGGACGUUUCGGACGUGUUGGUGCCAGUUUCAGUUUUGUCCAGGACCAGCUCAGUUGGCAACAGAUGGAUGCUAUUCAGCGUCACUUCAAUUGCCAGAUGACUAGAAUUGAUAUCAAGUCGGAUGCUGCUCGUAAGCAGAUCAAGGCAAUCAUGAAGUCCAGCAAGCCGAGCGAGCAGUUCAUGGGAGUCGGUUCGGGGAAUUAG